UUGUGUUUGGCUAGCCGGCCAGCGCCAGUGGUCAUGAUAAUACUUGGAGCUGGCGAUGGACUCGCGGGUGAAGUGAAGAGACGAACUGCAAAAUUUUGGUCUUGGUAUGUUUGCGUGGGUUGUGCGGGAGGGAUAGCGACGCUGACACAGACGCAGAGUUCGCGGGAAUAUGGCGGACACUUGUUUGGGACCCCCCUUCUCUAUUCCUUCCUUAAAUGCCUUUACUUCUUUCCCAUUUUCUCUCUUCCAUUUCCAUCCUAUUUGUCUCUCUUCUUCGCCUUCUAGAAGCAGCAGAGAUAGAUCUCUCUCCUUCUCUCUCAUGGCUUCCUCCGCUCGUGGCUCUCCCACACACUCCUCCGUCCCCACUGCUCAUCAGCCCUCACUGGUGGUUUUCUCGGUACACAGGUGGAACAGCCUUUAAUGGUGUUGCAGAAGAGCUUAAGAAGUUAACUACUUGUGUUGCUCAUGUUCUUCCUGUUUCUGAUGAUGGUGGAAGUACAGCUGAGAUUGUCCGAGUUCUUGGUGGCCCUGCAGUUGGUGACAUACGGUCAAGAUGCUUGAGACUGUCUGAUCAAAGUACCUCUGAGGCUCUUGCUGUGAGAACAUUGCUUGGUCAUCGACUACCUCUUGAUGCACAAAAAGCAAAGCUAGAGUGGUAUGAUAUUGUGGAAGGGAACCAUAACCUUUGGAAAGGCGUCUCAAAACCUUACAGGGAAACUAUACGAGCUUUCUUGGCUUACUUUCAAGACCAGAUUCUUCGGCGCUCAGAAGAUUCAUUUUGUUUUAGUAAUGGAAGCAUUGGGAAUUUUUUCUUUGCAGGAGCACGGACAUUUUUUCAGUCUCUAGAUGCUGCAAUCUUUUUGUUUUCACGUGUUUCUGAUAUUCCAACAGAAAGUCUGGUUCUUCCUGUGAUAUCCACUAACGAGAGGCUUACAUUGGGCUGUGAAUUAUGGGACGGUACCAUUAUACGUGGACAGAAUGAAAUAUCUCACCCAACAAAUGGACGCAUGGAACCCAUAAACAAGGGGAUCUCUUCAUCUCCUGCACUUGCUUCAAAAAUAAAGCGGGUGUUCUACAUGUCAAGUGAAGGAAGCAACUUAUUGCAUGAGGUUUUCCCUGCUGUAAAUCCAACGGUCUUGGAAAAGUUGAGAAAUGCAGACUGCAUCAUAUUUGCCAUGGGAUCGCUCUUUACUUCCAUUUGCCCUUCUCUGGUUUUACUUGGAGUUGGGGAAGCCAUCGCUUCACAGUCAUGCCCCAAGGUACUUCUGUUGAAUGGUACACAUGACCGUGAAACCAGUGGCUUUACUGCUUCCUGCUUUGUGACAGCCAUCACCGAUGCCCUAAACCGAACUUAUGGGGAUCAUUGCAAUUGCCUUAAAAAUCCUCCAAAUAGAUAUAUCAAUACGCUUCUGGUGCCAAAAGACGGCCAAAUCCCCGUGGAUGUUGAUCGCCUCACUUCCCAAGGGAUUCAUAAUGUGGUGACUGUAGAUUCGGUCCAUGACGCAAAAGUCGGUGCAAUUUUCGACCCAAAAUCAUUAAUCCAAGCACUCGCGGGUUUGAUCAUACAAACAUGAAUGAGAGAAACCGCAACUGCUCCUCGAUCGACCUUGCAGAUGAUGAAUUAUGUUUGGCUUUGAAGCUAAUAAUGCUUUGACUGCCCUGCCUUCACAGAAGAUUGCACUUCUUUUCAUUUGACAGUGAUCCUAGGAGGAGGAUACAAGGUUUCUUUCAUUGAUUCUAGUACAGCUAUUGGACAUAUAUUGUAUGUUUUAGGGAAGUUAUAGAAGAAGCCCUUUGAUGGAUCCACACCACAGUUCAUAUGUGAUCAGAAUUAGUGUACAGUGUAGUUCAUUCACAUCAAAUUACAAAUGCUGUUUCACAUCACAAAUA